ACGAUCACCGACCUUACCUGUCGUGUUACACAGACACACCCGGUUACUGCAUAUCAACCAAUCAAAUCUCUGAGAAAGUGAACCUGCUGGAGGUUCACUUCCUGUGUCACCGCUGGGAAAAGAAGCUGGAGGACAUUGAUCUACUUUUAAGUUCUCCUACUUAAGUGUUGCCGUGGUUAAUGGGGAAGGGAACGCUCGAUUGUCCUUAGGCGUACUGCCAAGCCUGCACUUAAUUUAACAUGCGAAACGUCGUUCCCAACGCGGGCUGUGAAGACAAGACACGGGAGGGAAAGGAGGGGAAGAUAAGUGUCAUCUGUUGAAACUUGUUUGGGAAUUCAAGGAAGGAGACGCAGAGGAGGGCUGUCGUGGAUAAUGAAAAGAACGCAGUAAGAGUGGAAAUUAAGGAGUGCUCUUAGUUUCAGGCACACUGUAGCCUAUGUGUUUAUUUUUUAUUUUUUACAUCAAACACGUUUUUAAUAGAAGAACGUUUUAUGACAAACUGUAACCUUUGAGCUGUGGUUUCUGAAAGCCAAUGCUUUCUCGCUGAACUGGACAGAGGGGAUACAGAAACUCCCCUUGCUACCACUGCAUUCAGGACUUGCGGAUAAUGGUACCAUGGGGACCAAACGGCCCAGUUGGACCCUAUUUGACACGCAGCCCAAUCAAAACAAAGCUGUCCUUCCCCAUCAGUCAGAUGCACGCAUCUCCGGGGAACCCAGCCAGAGACCCCCCGGGACCACAGGCCCCAGCGACCGAGGCAGGGGGAGAGUACGAGAAGAAGAGCGGAGGGGAGCUAGAGAAUCGGAGCGAAUGAACCCUAGGAACAAGAGGAAAGACGGGGAACCGAUGGACUGGUACCCGGGGAGGGAGCCGGUCCCAGGACCCGGAACCAGGGGGGAGAGGGAAUGGACGGUGCGAGAGAGGGAGAAAGUGGAGGAGAAAUUAAGAAAUGGAAGACUGGUGUCGUAUUCAGAGUAUGACCUGGACAAAGUGGCAAAGAAAGGUGGAACAUUUCCCCGAAUGAGAAACGGCAGCAGGGAGCAAGCUAAAAUAAUGACUGCAUUAAGGGAGGAGGAGAUGGACAGGGACCGGAAGGCGCUCACGGAACGGCCAAGAAGAACAGAGAUUGAACGGGAACCGGAGCGAGAAGGGGACAGAGCUCGGCGAACAGAGAGGCAUGGCGAUAGAGAGAGGUACAGAGAAAGAGAGAGGGAUGGCGGGAGACCCAGGGUCAAAGACGAAGGGAGACCGAGCGGGGGCAGAACCAGGGAGGAGAGGCCGGCACCGCAAAGGGAAAGACUGAGAGAUCCAGACCACAGCUUUCCAGAAAGAAGGAGGGAGAGGGAAGGGGACACCAGCGACUUGAGGGACCGGCGGGAGAGAGAGAUUGCAAGGGAGAGCGAAAGAUCAAAGCUAAGCGUCGGAGACAGAGUAAGUAAAGCGCCUAGUCCACGCAGAAGAGACAGAGAGGGGUAUUUUGAGAGUGAGAGGGAGAAUUGGGAAAGGGCAAAGACAAGAGAUGGGAAGAGAGACACAAAAAGCGAGGGAGACAGUGAUGGAGGAGCAGGGAAACGGUGGGCAAAGGACCGAGAAAGGGAAUCCCAUCACAGCCGAAGCGAGGGGGACACCGAACGGCAUAUGAGAAAUAAGGGCAGAGACGUGCCUCGAUACAGGGAUGACGAGAGGCAGAGGCACAGAGAUGCCAGGCAGCGAGACCAGGCCAUCAGCUCUGAGAAAACAAGGGACUUGUACAGAGAGAGGGACCGGAGAAAGGAGAGGGACUUUGCGGAGGACUCGAGACGGUCAGAUACUACUGUCGGAGACAGAAAGGAGCGGAGGCCAGAGGACAGACAGAGGGCAAGUGACGAGCGAGAGUGGGGGCGACACAGGUAUAGGGAGGAGGAGGAGGAGAGACAAUACAGGGCAAGAGCGGAGGAGGAGAGAAGGUACAGGGACAGACGAGAAAGACCAGCAGACCCACGGCAGUAUGACCCAGGCACAGGCAACGCAGGCAAGCCAGUGAGUGAAACGCCCCCCAAGGCACUGCCCCGAGACCAGAGUAGCGGUGAGUGGAGCAGUGAUCUAGACAGCGAGAUCAGACAGACUUGGACUAAAGACGGUUAUGAGGAAAGGGAGUCUGAGGGUGAAAGCACGGCGGAAAGCGAUCGAGAUGUUGGGCGAGAUCGUAGCAGGGCCGUAGCCAGCCGAUGCGUUGAUGAAUCAGAGCGAUCAGCCGAACGACGAGGGGAGAGGACGGGCCCUGUGCCGCAGCACAGGAGGAUGUGGUUGGAGCCACAGAGGAGGAAAUGUAGCAAAGACUCCUCUUUAGAAGAUGAAUUUGUUGAGGCGCGAACCGGGCUUACAGACAAAACCAUGGGGCAAGAGAGGAGGUCAGGUAUAGAGGGGGGGAAGGAACAUGGGAGACCACGAGAGGAGCCCUAUCGGAGGUUAUCAGAUGAAGGACGACAGGUUGAUCGACCCAGAGACCCCAAAGAAGAGACCGAAGGUGUCAGUGUAGAUGCAGAGGAGUUCUUGGCAGAAAGGGAAAAGGAGGUGAUGGAGUCUCCUUUGAGUGCCCAAAGAAGGGGUUUCAGGGACGCCGGGCAAGGGGGCGUGAAAGAUGGCGUAAAACAGGGUGAGAGAGAUCCCGGGAGCGAUUGCACACGUUCAGAGAGCGAAGGAGGAAGUGAGACAGGGUGGGACCUAGGCAGAGACAAAGUGUUAUCUGGAGAGGACGGUUUUAUUACCGUCUCGAGUGGUGGUGAUGAGGAAGACGAGAGGGAGGAGUUUGAAGACUGCAGUGAAUUCUGGGAAGAUGGACAUUCUUACCAUGGCCCUCAAGCAGAAGAAAUGGGAAGACGCAAUAGGCAAAGAGAAGACAAAGAAUAUGUCAUCGAAGAAGAGGAAAACGAAGAAGAAGCAGAAGCCGCACCGCCGGGAACGGAGAUGCCCCCCAAGUAUGUGUUCUGUGUCAUCGGGCAAACGGAGCCGCUGGAGGAGCACAGCGAGCCAUCCGAGACGGAUCAGCUGGAAAAAGUGGAAGACAACGUGCCAGGAAGCCGUCUGCCCUGUGAUGUUGAAACGGCAGCACAGCCCCUCCAUGACACGCAUCCUGUUCUCAGUCGUACUACAGAACUACAUGACGGCGAUGACCAGCACACACCAGACUCCACCAGGAGACAGCCCACCGAGGAUCCCUCGCCGAGCAAUGAGAGCUCCUACACUGCUGAGUCUGCCUCCCUGAUGGAUGUCAAGUACCGGGAAAUUGGCGUCCGAACGGAGAGGGACCUCGAGCACCCCUACGCUGAGAUCAGAGCGGUGAGCAGGGAUGAACAGACGGAGCAGCUCCUGGUGCAGUGGAGAGACAAACAAAGCGAGUACAGAGGUCUGCCGGAGAGCAGCCCGGCCCAGGAGGGGCCCGACCGGGUCUACGCCGACACUCGUGGUGAUGUGGGGGUCUCACAGGAGAACUCGGUGCCCCUUCCGACCCACCCACAGACCACACAACCUGAGGACGUUAGGCCAGGGGAGGCGGAGGAGGACGAGGAGGACGAGGUGUCCAUCCGUGUCCGCAUGAGCGGGGCCUGGGGCAUGGAGGAGGAGGCCAAGCGACGCUCCCAGGCCCCGCACCUCAAGUGGGCCAAAAACGUGGUGAGAAAGAUCCUGGGCUCCUCCGAGGAAUGUGGCAUCGACCAAGACACCCCGUCCUCACCGGGGAACCUGGCUGAGCCGACCCGGCCCGAGGUGGGGGACCAGGCGGCCGGACUAGAGGGACACACAAAGCCAGACACCACAGCCACCUCCGGCGACGGACAAGAGUCGCUGGGCAGCGACCAUGACUCAGGGCCAGAGGUGGAUGAGGGGAACACGGAGCCGCUGGAGUCGGAGGAGCUGAGAGACGAGGAGAGUGCCUUUUCCGAAACCUGGGGAGAAGAAGACCUCAGGAAUGUUUUGGACAAAGUUGGAAGAAAUAAAAGGAACUCCAAGAUUUUCAACGCUGCCCAGCUCUACCAGCAGUACAGCGAGGAGGCUCAGAACAUAGAGAUCCUGCGCCAGUCGCACUUCACCGUUGUGCCUGUCCACGCGGAGCGCCCCGCCGGGCCCCUGCCGUCCGGACCCCCGACCUCGGCUCCUCCCGCUCCCCCCUCUGCCCCCGCCAGCAGGCCCCUGCCCCCGCUCCCACUCGUCCCUCACCCUCACUCGCUGUCCAGCUCGCUGUCAAGCUCGCGGAGCAGCGGCAGUGCCAAGAACCUGCCCCUCCCCGAGACCCCUAAGGCCGAGCCCCGCCCCCCAUCCCCGCGCCUCUCCAUCUCCCUGGGCCAGUCCACCUCGCUGUGGCAGGACCUGCCGGGGGUCCGCAACAGCACAGAGCUGGGGCAGCUCUCGGAGGACCAGAGGCGUCUGCAAGAGGUGCGGUUUGAGGUUGUCACCUCGGAAGCGUCGUACUGCCGCAGUCUGGACAUCGUGGUGGAGCAUUUUGUCAAGUCUAAACAGCUGGGGGUGCUGUUAACUACUCAGGACAGAAGCUGGCUCUUUUCCCGCUUCGCCGAUGUCCGCGCCAUAAGCCACAGUUUUCUGUCAAAGCUGGAGGAGAAGGUGGAGUCCGACAUGCUCCAGUUCACUGUGUGUGACGUCAUCGGCCGACAUUGCCAACGCUUCAAGAUGGUUUAUGUGCCCUAUCUCACCAAUCAGUCAUACCAAGAUGCUACCUACCAGAGGCUGAUGAAUGAAAACCAGAGGUUCAAGCGGGUGGUGGAGAAGCUGGAGAGGAGUCCGGUAUGCCAGAGGCUUCCCCUGCGCUCCUUCCUCAUCCUCCCCUUCCAGAGGAUCACACGCAUCAAGCUGCUGGUCCAGAACAUAGUGAAAAGGACCGCCCCCGGUACAGAGGAGGUGGUGCAGGCCAUCAAAGCACUAAAACUACUGGAGAAGAUGAUACAAGAGAGCAAUGAUAGUAUUUCCCAGAUGAAAAGCAUCGAGUCCCUAGUCUCCCUCAGCGCCAUGGUGGACUUUGAGUGCAAGACUCUGCCACUGGUCAGCCAGUCUCGGCGUCUGGUGAGGGAGGGGCCGGUGACGGAGCUGAUGGAGUUCUCUGUGAAGGACACGGAGAGGAGCAUCUACCUGCACCUCUUCAACGACCAUCUGCUGCUGUCGCUUCACAAAGAAGGGGGAAGAUUCACUGUAAUUGACCACUCCCCCGUGUCGGACCUACGUGCUGAGAACUGUCGGGUGAAGCUUCACUCCCUGCAGAAGAACCUAUUCCGGCUGCACCUCUCGCAGAAAGCCCUGCUGCUGAGAACUGACACACAGAACGAUAAGCUGCGUUGGAUCUCUGCUAUAUCCCGGCCCCAACCUGAGGUGGAUUUCUCCGCUGCACAAGAUUUUACGCAGAUGCAGUGUAUACGUGCGUUUAUCACUCAGCAACCCGAUGAGCUGUCCCUGGAGAAAGCUGACGUCAUACUGGUGCACCAGCAGAGCGGCGAUGGCUGGGUAGAGGGGACUAAACUCUCUGACCGGCAUCGUGGUUGGAUGCCUGAAUCCCACCUAGAGACCAUCACCAACUCGGGAGUCUGCCAACGCAAUCUGCAGGACGCCCUCAAACUGACCACGGCCACCGCUGCCGUGUGAGCAACACCCCAUUGGGAGAGGGCCGACGCACACCCCAUUGGGAGAGGACUCAUUGAGAUUGUGGUGGAUUCACUGCAUAGGAUGCAAGCUGGCCAUCUGUGGAGGCUAGCUGAAAUGUGGAGGACACUGAGGCACCAAAGACUCUGUUCAUAGAGAAACAGACUGACGACCAGACGAUGUCCAUUGCCGUGUUGUUGCUGGGCUUUUGGGUUGCAUGUAGCAGGGGUUUUGGCUGACAGUCGAAGAAAAGUAUAUAUCAUGAGCGAUGGCGCCUGUGCUGCAGUCAGGAUCGGUCUGUGGAAAAACUACUGUUUCAGGGCAUGGCAAUAGUUCAAUACGAAAGAACUCACAAAGACAUGUUCUCUUGAAUAAUUAUAUUUUAAUAAAAAUACUAGAUCCAAAAUACUAGAGAGAGACACACACACACACACACACACACACAGAAUGUUAUGUCUUGAAUCUGUAUUUGUGCAUAUAAAAAAAAAUGCAUGUUGGCCAAGUAUGAACCAAUGACAUUGGUGCAAUCAAACAUUUUGAGCUAUAUUACAUAUAUUUCAUGAAAUAUGUAAAUUAAAGCCUUCUCAAUCAUGAAAUACUGUUUUUGGAAUGAACACACUUAUAAAAGACUACAUGUAUGUAUAUGUAGUGUAUAUAUAUGCCCUUUAUUUUUAGCCUUCUGCUAUUCAGUAUUUUAGUCUUUCGUUGUUGGGCACAUUUAUUAUGAAAACAUAGGUAAGAAAAAUACAUGAACAAUGACACGUCGUUAAGGCACUAUUUACAGAGUUACAAGUUGUUCAGUCUUAACCAAGAAUGUGUACGAUGCACGUAGGCUAGUUGAGGCCGACUCACAGGGUGUGACCCUUGAUAUAUGACAGUUUCGACCACCUCAUUAUUGGUAGAUUACCCGAUCACUCAAGCAUAAGAAGGACAAAGGGGCGUGCC